AUGGUCACGGAGGAGGAGUUAGAAUACAUUAUUGGGAGGUUGUCACUAAGGGAGAAUGAAUCCAUUAGACAAUCUACAAGUUCACUGAUAACCACUCACAUCGAUCCGUUUCUCACCAUUGUUGGCAAACUUCAUUGUCCAAGGGUGGUGUCUCAUGAUGCUAUUGUUAAUCAUUGUCAGAACAUUUGGUCGGUCCGGCAUGGUUCCAUAGUAAGGCCACUGGAAGAAAAUUUGAUCCCUUUCAAUUUUAAUGAUCGAAUUGAUCAGGCUAGGGUUCUUCAUGGAAAUUUGAUUGGUCAAUUCAUGGAAGUUUAUACAGAUGCUAAUCGUAUCUGUAUUGAAUGGUGUUAUCAUUAUGGAAUUAUUGGUCACAUUGAGAGCAGUUGUCCAACUGAACCAAUGGGUACAAGCAGUUCUUUCUCCUCUUCUGAAUACAGUAGUUGGCUUAGGGCGACAUGCUACUGGAAUCCAUUUGUUUCCAGAUGUUCGGCGCAAGAAUCAGAUCCGUUUCAUGUUCCAGAUGGUUCUGAUGAAGAAGUUCCUCCUUUCAAUGAACGUCAAGCACACCGCAUUACUUCCAGACCCAUUAUCCCUCCACCAUCCAACCGCAACGUUGAUGAGCAGCUUAAAGUUACCUUUGUACCUUAUGUAACCCCUUGUACGAACUCUGAAUUUGCCUCCAAUGUUUCUGUUUCACCACUUUCUAUAUCUCCUCAUCAUUUUCCUUCAAACUUUGAACCUAAUUUCAUUUCCAAUUUUUCUAUUUCACCACUUCCUACAGCUCCUCAUCAUUUCCCUUCAAACUUUGAACCUAAAUCCUCUCCUAUUAUUCCUAAAACUCCCUUUGCUAAACAAAGUACUGUUUUAGCUACAACCUCAACACUCCUCGACCCUUAUCUGGUUACGAUUCCAAUGUCUCUUGAUACGCCAACUCAAAAAGUAGCUCGUAAAUUCAAUACAGCUCAAAAACGUAUCCUUCAAAAUGCUGCAAUAAAUGCCCCAGUCACACAUACAGGGAAACAAAAAUGGUUUGUUGAUGAACUUGAUGGUUCAGAUAUUCAAAUGAUCGAUGUUGAAGUUAUAGGAAAAAAGCCUCGCUUGGAUUGUGUUGUUAUUUUAGAAGGUUCUCUUGCAGUUGAGAUCUCAAUGGAUGGUAGAGUGUUGGAGAUUGGGUUAAGUCUCCAAUACCGCCCAACUGAAUGA